GUUCACCACUAAAUUUUAGUUUUUAACUGCAUUGUAAUGGAUCAUCCAAGACCAACCUCUGAAAACGGUGAGGAUAAUGUUGGCAUUCCAGAGCAUUUGCGCUGUAAGAGAACUGAUGGAAAGCAAUGGAGAUGCAGUGCAAUGUCCAUGCCAGACAAGACCGUAUGUGAAAAGCAUUAUAUCCAAGCAAAGAAGAGGGCAGCAAAUUCUGCAGUAAGGGCGAGUCUGAAAAAGAAGAGGAAAACUAUUAAUGAAAGUGAUGUUUACUUGGAUAGUAAGAAUGAGGAUUCGGAUAUACCUCUUGUGAACACAAGGGUUGCAGAAUUCCAUGCUUCAGCUCCUGGGAAAAAGUAUAAAGAGACCCUUCCCAAAUCCCGGGUUCUACAUUCACCUGAGACACCUCUAUCUAGGAGUUUCCCUACCUCUAUUCCUCUAAAGCCAAAUGAUGAUCCACCAAUAGAUACUGAUGAGUUUGAUGAGGACUGGAAAAGUUCAUAUAAAACACCACCAUCUUCUGGAAUGGAACCAUCAAAGAGCAGAACUCCAAAGAACCUUGAUGACAGUGCUCUGGUGGAACAAUCUGCUAGAAGUACAGACUCUUCUCACGAUGCUGGUGGGCAAAUCUGCCAUCAGUGUCGGAGGAAUGACCGUGGGAGGGUUAUUUGGUGCCUGAGAUGUGAUAGAAGAGGAUACUGUGAUAGCUGCAUUUCUAAUCGGUAUCCCGAACUCUCAUUGGAGGAGAUUCAGAGGUGCUGCCCUGCAUGUAGUGGGACUUGUAAUUGCAAGGUGUGCUUGCGUGGAGAUAAUUUAAUAAAGGUCAGGAUACAGGAGAUAACUGCUCGAGAUAAGUUGUUAUAUCUCUACGGCAUCUUGUCUGCAGUCCUUCCUAUAGUCAAGCAGAUUCACUCUGAGCAGUGCUCUGAGCUGGAGAUUGAAACCAGACUUCAUGGAACCAAAACAGAUAUUCCCAGGGCCAAGUUGAAUGCAGAUGAACAGAUGUGCUGCAAUUGCUGUAGGAUACCUAUUACUGAUUAUCACCGGCACUGUACAAGUUGCAUGUAUGAUCUAUGUCUGACUUGUUGUCGGGAACUCCGGCAAGCAUCUCCUGAUGAUGCCAACGAAGAAUUACUAGAAAACCAGGUUGGUGAGAAGAACCAAGAUGAGGACACAAUGUUGGAGUCGUCGAAAUCGUUUAAAUUAAGAUUCAAUUUGUCAGUUAAGUGUCCUGAUUGGAAAGCCAACAGCAAUGGUAGCAUUCCAUGUCCACCAAAGGAGUAUGGUGGUUGUGGUUCUUCAUCACUAACUUUAAAGCGCAUAUUCAAGAUCAACUGGGUCGCAAAAUUGAUGAAAACUGUGGAGGAAAUGGUUAAUGGCUGUAAGGUGUAUGAUGCGGAUAAUGCACAACCUGCUAGGUUAAGUGACUUUUGCUCCAGCCAAGCCGCCUGCAGAGAGGACAAUGGUGAUAAUUUCCUGUAUUGCCCAACAUCUCAGGAUAUCAGGAUUGAAGGAAUUGGUUGUUUUAGAGAGCACUGGCGUCGAGGGGAACCCAUCAUUGUUAAGGAGGUGUUCAGUUGUGUGUCUGAUUCAACCUGGGAACCCAUGGCCAUAUGGAGAGGGAUACGGGAAACUACGGAGGGAAAAAUGAAGGAUGACAACAGAACUGUUAAGGCCAUAGAUUGCUUAAACUGGUCUGAGGUUGAUAUUGAACUUGGUCAGUUCAUCAAAGGAUAUACAGAAGGACGAAUCCAUGAAAAUGGGUGGCCGGAAAUGUUGAAGUUGAAGAAUUGGCCGUCGCCCAGUGCAUCUGAAGAGUUUUUACUGUACCAGAGACCUGAGUUUAUUGGUAAACUGCCACUGCUUGAGUAUGUCCAUUCUAAGUGGGGUCUUUUAAAUGUUGCUGCAAAAUUGCCCCACAAUUCCUUGCAGACUGAUGUAGGACCUAAGAUUUUUAUUUCUUAUGGGACCUUUGAGGAACUUGGUAGAGGUGAUUCUGUGGUCAAUCUCCAUGUGAAUAUGCGUGACAUGGUAUACCUGUUGAUGCAUACAUCUGAAGUGAAGCUAAAAGGUUGGCAGCAAACUAUGAUUGAGAAAAUACAGAAAUCUUUCAAGGAAUCUGAUGAAAAAGAAUCAUUUGGUGAUGCACACACAAGUUUGGAUGAAAGUGGAAAAUCACCUGACUCGGUCCCCAGUGAGCAUGGUAAAACGAAUGAUGAAGGGGUGGCAUUGAAUGCUGAUAAAGACGAGAUCAUGGAGGAUCAAACAUCCAAUGGAGAUGAUACUGGAAAGACUCAUGCAGGAGCACUUUGGGAUGUGUUUCGUCGGGAGGAUAUCCCAAAUCUGAUCGAGUAUUUGAGACUUCAUUGGGAAGAAUUUGAGAGGCAUGCCAAUUUCCCAGGUGCCUCAGUAAAUUACCCUCUUUACGAUCAAGAAGUUUUCCUGAAUAAAGAGCAUAAAAGAAAAUUGAAGGAGGAAUUUGGAAUAGAGCCAUGGACAUUCAAACAAAAUGUUGGUGAGGCUAUAUUCAUCCCUGCUGGAUGCCCUUUCCAAGUGAGGAAUCUUAUGUCUUCAGUUCAGUUGGGCCUUGACUUUUUAUCUCCUGAGAGCCUGGGAGAGUCUUUACGACUGGCUGAGGAAAUCCGCUGUCUUCCAAAUGAUCAUGAAGUAAAGCUUCAAAUGUUAGAGGUGGAGAAGAUGUCACUCUAUGCUGCCAGUUCAGCUGUUAAAGAAGUCCAAAAGUUGGUACUUGAUCCCAAAGUUGGGGCGGAGCUCGGAUUUGAAGAUCCAAACCUAACUGCAAGAGUUGCUGAUAGCUUGGAGAAGAUGAUUGAACGGAGGCGAAUUGCGUGUGUGUGAAAAUGUGUGUACGACACUUGUAACUUGAUGUAGUUUGACCCCUUUCUUCAGUGGUAUCAUCAAUAUAUGUGAAAGUUUGAUGUAUUUAUUACAUUUUUUCUCAUUGUCAUAUAUUUGACUUGGGAUUUGCCCAUUAUAAGUUUCUUCUAGAUUCCAAU